AAUUAUUGGAAAAAAAAAAGAUUUUAAAAAGAAGAGAGAGAGAGAGCGACCACAAACUUGGCAGAUAGAAGAAGGAAGUGAAAGAAGAAGAAGAAGGAGGAGAAUGAGAGUUGGGAAGUAUGAGUUGGGGAAAACUCUUGGAGAAGGCAAUUUCGGCAAGGUGAAGUUGGCCGCCGAUAUCCGUACCGGCCGUCGUUACGCCGUCAAGAUCCUUGACAAGACCAAGAUUCUCCAUCUCAACUUCUCCGAUCAGAUUAAGCGUGAAAUAAGUACUCUAAAGCUCCUUAGGCAUCCGAAUGUUGUGAGACUUUAUGAGGUUUUAGCUAGUAAGACGAAGAUUUAUAUGGUUCUGGAGUGCGCCUCUGGUGGAGAAUUGUUUGAUAGAAUUGAAUCGAAAGGUAAGAUGGAUGAAGUUGAAGGUCGGAGGCUCUUCCAGCAGCUUAUUGAUGGUCUUAGCUACUGCCAUGACAAAGGAGUUUACCAUAGGGAUCUCAAGUUGGAAAACGUGCUUGUUGAUGCUAAGGGAAAUAUUAAGAUUUCUGAUUUUGGCCUCAGUGCUUUACCACAGAAUUGCAGGGAAGAUGGUUUGCUGCACACCACCUGUGGAAGUCCCAACUAUGUUGCUCCAGAGGUUCUUGCUAAUAGAGGAUACAAUGGAGCCGCCUCUGAUAUAUGGUCAUGUGGGGUUAUCUUGUAUGUUAUUCUUACGGCUUGUCUUCCUUUCGAUGAGACCAAUCUGGCUUUACUUUAUAAAAAGACUUUGAGGGGGGAUUUUCAGAUACCCAAAUGGUUAUCAGCAGGUGCCAGAAAUUUGAUAAGGAGAACUCUUGACCCCAAUCCCAAUACUCGGAUUACCAUGGCAGGAAUUAAAGAGAAUGAGUGGUUCAAGACUGACUACAGUCCUGCUUCUCCUUGUUAUGAUGAUGAUGAGGAGGGUUCACUUACUGAUCAGGAUGAUGCCAUCUCAACGUCUGAUGAGCCAUCUGACGUUGAAAACAGCCCAGAAUCUCCUUCUAUUAUAAAUGCGUUUGAGUUAAUUGGGAUGUCUUCAAGUUUGGAUCUGUCUGGCUUCUUUGAGCAAGAGGAUGUUUCCGAGAGGAAGAUCAGAUUUACAUCCAACCAUUCUGCCAAAGACUUGCUUGAGAGAAUUGAGGUUAUCGCAACGGAUAUGGGAUUUCGAGUUCAAAAGAAAAGUGGAAAGUUGAAAUUGAUUCAAGAGAUAAGAAGUCAAAGAAGCCUUAAUCUAUCGUUUGUAGCAGAGGUCUUUGAGAUAAGCCCAUUGCUUCAGGUAGUUGAACUGAAAAAAUCUUUUGGAGAUUCAUCAGCUUACAGACAGUUGUGCAAAAGGCUGUCAAAUGAUUUGGGCACAAACCCAGAACUCGAACGGCAAAAUUCAAGCUCAUUCGCAUUAAACAGUACAUGUUAGAAGAAAGUGAUACCCUAGUUAUAGGAUUUUCAUUACGAUUAUUAUUAUUAUUAUUAGUUUACAAUUUGGGUUGAUAUCAAGCAAGGCCUUUGAUUGGUGCGUGGGUUAAAUGUAGAUAAUAGAUAGAGCCAAAUAUUACAUGGCAGGAAGCUUCCUUUCUAUCUCCCUUUGUAUGUAACACUGAAUUUCAAAUGUAAAAAGAACAGAAGCUUGAGAAUAUGAUCAUAAAUUUCUCCUCUUCUAUA